ACACUGUUUGUUUAAGUUAUUAUUAUUUACCGAAAAUUAUUUCGCGUCUAUUAAGUACUGGCCAUUCGGGCGGUUAAAAACAAUCGGUAAAACGACAAUGUCCACCACUGCAGUUAUCGGCGACCAAUAUGUUAACGACACUACUUCGGUAAUCACUGCCGAUGGACGUACUCUUGAGUUGGACCAAUUGGCCGAUUUGUAUCGGUCGGAGGCAAGCAAACCGAUUCCCGUUGCCGGUCGGCUUAGCAGCCUAGCAGGUGAUGGUCAGCAGCAGCAGCCGACCGAUAAUAGUAGUCUCAACCGACAACAACAACAACAACAACUAUCGUUGACUAUUGACUGGAAAGUACGUGAUUUGGAUCGCAUGGAACCGACCCGACACGCGACCCAACAUUUAUUGAAAUUGACAGCCGAUGGCCAACACUGUAAACGAUUGACACCAGCUAUCGGCCAACCCGUAGACGUGACCAAUGAAGCGGCGACCGUAUUGGCCACUAGUGGCGACCCGAGUAGUCGUCGUCGUCUUCGGGCAGUUAUACGCAACGGUGCCAAAGAUCCACAAUCGCCGACAAAACCGAAACAAUGGCUUGAAAUCUGGGAUCAGUCGACUAGACUGAAGUCAUUGGAUCUGAACGAAGUGGACGAACAUUUGUCAAUUGUUUCCGGCCAAGAGUUUACAAGUUUUCAAUGGUCGCCAACUGGUCGCCGACUACUAUAUACGGCUCAAUAUAAGCCGCCGAAAGCCCAGUCGUUCUACAAGAAGUUGGCGGCGAAGCCUAAGAGUGACGAUUCCGCCGCCGGCAGUAAAGUGUCUACCGAUACCAGGGGUCAGGAGUUUGUCUACAGAGACGACUGGGGAGAACUGUACGAUGGGGUCAGUCAUACGGUUGUAGCCAUUCUGGACACGGAUGCCGACUAUAAGAUACGUGUCAUCCAAAUGGACGGCUAUUCUCUGGGUCAGCCAUUUUGGAUCGGAAACACUGGCGACGAUAGGAUCGGAUUUGUCGGAUGGGUUGAACAGCCGCGACGAUUGGGUCUAACCUAUUGUCCGAAUCGGUUGAGCGGUAUAUUUACUGUUGAUCUGACGGCCACUACUACUACUGACGGAACUACUAUUGAUGCAAAACCUGAACUGAUUUGCGGUCUGAAUAAACUGUGUGUCAAAGAUCCGCGUAUCGCACCCGACGGCCAAUCGUUUGUCUACUUGGAGAACGACAGCGGCGGUCCACAUCAUACGGCCACUCGAUUACGGCGCUACGAUUUUCUAACCGAAUCGAUCGAAACUAUAAUCGACGACAACGGUAAACGCGAGAUAGUCACGGACACCGAUGACGACGGUAAUCGUCGAUAUAGCGAUCAAUUGGCGGCACUAUUUUUGAACGCACUGCCCGUAAAAUGCUUCUUCGAAUCGGGCAAACAUUUAGUGGUCAACUGUUUAACCGAACUAAACUUAGUACUCUGUUUGGUAGAUAUCGCUACCAAACAGUGGACGCCAAUUCAAUUUCCGCUGCCAUCGGCCGAACUCAUUGACCUAAGCCAUGAUAUCUCGGUUGUUGUCGGUUCGGCGGUCAACGUUAGGCCCAAUGUAUUUGUCGGCCGACUCAAUGUUGGCGUUAAAAAUUCAGUUACCGUCCAAUGGCUAGAAUUGACCGAUGAAUCGGAUAAUAGAAAAUCGUUGGCCACUGAGUUAACGUACAACAACUACUGGCUGCCCAGUGCUGACGAUCCGUCCAAAUUGAUUACCGCUAUUCUGGUCAGUCCUAUUGCAGUGGCAACGAAACCCGCGCCGACUAUACUUUGGCCGCACGGCGGCCCUCAUUCUGUGAUCUAUAAUUGUUUUGCAAUAUAUCCGUUACUAUUCGCCAGACUUGGAUUCAAGACAUUAUUAGUCAACUAUAGAGGAUCUCUAGGAGUUGAUCGACAGUAUGUCGACGACCUGACCGGUAAUGUCGGCGACAAUGAUGUCAAAGAUUGUAUCAAAUGUCUGGAAUACUUAUCCGACGAAAAACAAUCGCUAGUCGACAUCAAUGGUCUCGUCCUAUUUGGCGGAUCUCACGGCGGUUUUCUGGUCACUCAUCUAAGCGGUCAAUACUCGAAUGACUGGAAUUUCCGGUCGUGUGUUACCAGAAAUCCCGUCAUCGAUAUAUCGGUUAUGAAAGAUAUCAGCGAUAUUCCCGACUGGUGUUACUGCGAAUCGUUUGGUACCGACACCGCCGCCGCCGCCGCUGCCGACGGUGACCACGAUUUUGCUAAACAGCCGCCAACCGGUGACCAGUUGCGUGUAAUGUUCGAUCGAUCACCGAUUCGAUGGGUGGCCAGUGUACGUGCGCCGACACUUUUGCUACUCGGACGCCGCGAUCGACGGGUACCGUACACGCAGGGUAUGCGUUGGUAUCAGCUAUUGCGAGCCCGUGGUGUGACCACCCGGUGCCACCUAUACGAUGAUUGUCAUUCACUCGGUAAGGUUGAUGUCGACUCGGAUGUGUUCAUACAUACAGCUGUUUGGAUACUCAAACAUUUGAAUUAAUGUUUUACUUAUAAUA